AUGGCGUCUCACUCCGCCACGCAGGAACACUACGAGCCGAAGGAUGCGGUAAAAGAGGGAGUAAGGUGCGGUGCCAUUGGAGCUGGCAGCGGCCUCUUCCUCUCCGCGAUCCAGAAUUCCCUCUCCCGACGAAACCUGGGAAUGAUGACCGUCUUCACCCGGACAGGACAUCUGAUUGGUUUCACUUCCAUCGCCAUCGGUGCCUUGGGCUUCACAAUAACCGCCGCAGCGAAUCUUCGCGAAAAGGAGGAUCACUGGAACGCGGCGCUGGGCGGCGCCGUCGGAGGUGCCAUUGCCGGCCUCUCUGGCAAGCGGAUGCCCCUCGUCGUCGGAUGCGCUGCUGGUCUAGCUACCGUCCUCGGCGUCUUCGAGUACACCGGCGGACGCUUCGACGGAUACUUCAACCGGUCAGAGGAGGACGAGUUUGAGAGGAAGACGAGAUUGCGAGAAAACAGGCGGCGUCCAAUCGAGGAGACGAUUAGGGACGUCGGCGAGGGCAGGGGUAUCUGCCCUCCUGGGUAUGAAGAGAGGCGGCGAGAGAGGAUCAAGGAGAAGUACGGCUUCGAGGUCAAUCCCGUCAAAGCGACAGUUGAUUAA